GUCAAGGAGGAAUGGCCAAAAUUUACCGGGCAAUCGAAAAGGCAACUGGGCGGAUCGUAGCGAUUAAACUGCUCCGACCCGACAACAAAGAUUCGCACCGCAACCAGCGUCGGUUUCGUUCCGAAAUUCAAGCCAUCAAAGCGAUCCGUUCGCCCUACGUAGUCUCGGCUUUUGAUUUUGCUUGGGACGACAAAGUUCAGUACAUUGCCAUGGAGUACAUCGACGGCAGUAUUUUAAAGGAGUACAUCGGUCGCCGGGGCAAUUUAACCGUCGACGAAGCGGUCGAAUUCGCUAAGCAAAUCGCGCUUGGACUGCACGAAAUGCACCAGGCCGGCAUCAUCCACCGCGACAUCAAAGCCUCCAACAUCAUGAUCACCGACCACGGUCAAGUCAAAAUCAUUGACCUUGGCAUCGCAUUGCACGACGAAACUGACCGGGUGACCCAGACCGAUAACAUCAUCGGUUCGGUUCAGUACUUAGCGCCCGAACUGCUCGAAAAAGAAGAAGCAAACGCGCAAACCGAUAUUUACGCGCUCGGCAUUUUGCUCUACGAAAUGCUAAUCGGCGACGUCCCUUUUAAAGAAAAAACCGGUCUUGACACGGCGCGAAAACACCAAACUUCAACCGUGCCCCACGUUAACAAAAUCUUUAAAAACAUCCCCCAAGCCGUGGCCAACGUGGUCAUUCGCUCAACCGCUAAAAAACCCCAACAGCGCUACUCAAGUGCUUACAAACUUUACGAAGACCUUGACACUUGUCUGAGCGACAAACGUCUUUACGAACCAGUUUACCAACUGAGCGAUAGACUGCGUAAAACGUGGGUUGAAAAAAUUAACUCCUCGGCCUUUUGGUUAGUGGUCGGGUUAGUUACGAUCGUCAUUUUAAUCGCCAUCGUGAUCACUUUAAUCGUGGUUAAGUAG